AUGUUUAUGCCAUACAUAUUGUUAGCCGCGAGUGUGGCGUGCGUUUGGACGGCAAGUGCGGACACGUUUGAUGUGACCAAAUACGGGGCCGACCCCAAGGGGGUCAAGAAAAGUACGGACGCCGUCCAUAAGGCCAUUGAGGCGGCGGUGAGCGCCGGCGGCGGAGUCGUGCACUUCCCGGCCGGACACUACCUGUGCGGACCCAUUGAGCUGCGGAGUCACGUGACACUAGACGUGGCCGACGGCGCGGUCGUCAAGUUUAGCGACGAUCUCGACGACUAUCAGCCGGUGGUUGAGGCGAUGGCCGACGGCUCCCGGCAGACAUCGUUCGCCACUAAAGGGCUCAUCAGCGCCUCUAAGCUCACAAACAUAGGCAUCACGGGCGCCGGUGUAUUGGACGGGCAGGGAUCAGCCUGGUGGAAGUUGGUGGACUCCCCCUAUCGGGCAGAGUAUUUGCGAUCAAUGAACCGGACACAAUCUGCCAACACCGACACCAUAGCCAAUAGGCCUAAAUUUUUUAUCGCCACCGACUGUAAGAAUAUUGUCCUCAAAGACAUCACUUUUAAAGACAGUCCCUUUUUCCACGUGAAUGUUGUCGACUGCGAUGGGGUUACCAUCGAAGGCAUUAAACUGGACUCACCGGCCGACUCGCCCAACACCGACGGUAUAGACCCGGACUCCAGCAAAAACAUACUCAUAUCGAAGGUGACCAUCAAUGCGGGUGACGAUUGUAUAGCCAUUAAGGCCGGUAUGGAUGACAGUAAGGAGAGAGCGCCCACAGAGAACCUGAUCAUCCGGGACAGUCAUAUGGGUCACGGACACGGAGGCGUAUCCAUUGGCAGCGAUUUCGUGGGCGGCGUCCGAAAUGUAACGGUAAUGGACUGCGUGUUUGACGGACCCGAUCGGGGAUUCUAUAUAAAGUCUGCCCGGGGUCGGGGCGGUUAG